CGCGUCACUGCGGCUGCCAUCCUGCCCUUGACCUACAGUCUUCACUGUCACAGUAUCCCUUCACUUCAUUGAGUGCGAUGACGACGCAUAUUGGUAUCCUUCCAGCAGAUAUAUUACAAGCUAUAGCUCUGGGCGGCCCAAGUGACAGCAUACUCCCUCCAAGCCGUUUCAUUCGUCUGCUACAUCCAAGAACUGGGUUGCCUUGUCUUUUUCUCUCUUACAACCAAUCACCGCAGGCAACACAAAUCCUUGAAGUGCAAGGUGUUUCACCUAUAAACGCUCGUUCGUGGACCUUGGGUGAGGAAGUUAUAUCAGAUGGAAAGCUGUUAAUCCUGACACCCAUCGACCCAGCGUUCUUAUUGAUACCAAUUCUGAAAUCUACGAUGCCUACCGAUGGUACGUCUGGCAGCUUUCGCCCCGCUGACGAUAUAUUCGAAGACGCGAUAUCCAAGCUAUCUGGAGAGUCAAACGACGUUGUUCCAGUCGUUGAUAUCACAUCGUUUGUGGAGAUGGAUUGUGCUAGGAGAGCUCUUCGACGUGUCUGCGAAAUGAAAGAAGUGGCCUCAAAUAUUACAGUUUACAGAUUUUCAUCUGCCAAGGUUGUCGACUAUGUCCGCAAGAAGGUAGACCACAUGUCUUCUUUCCCGGUGAUUGAGAUGUCUCGCAGUAUCACCAGAAAUUUAGCUAAAGAUGGGCUCUUCGACGAUGGAAGAGAAGUGUUGCUAGCAGCGGCCAAGAUGAAAAUCGCCUGUGACCUCAUCUGUCAGUAUCUGCCACCGCCCGAGUCUGCGUCUCUUCUAGCAUCCUACGAUUUCGCUGACCUUACUGCCUUCAUGAAGCAGCUAGAAGAGGAAAACUUGACGACGAUAGCCAACUCGGGAAAGGGCACAAAAACCCUAAAAGAAACUAAUGGUGACAAGAAACGUAAAAUAACUAAGGGUUCUCAGGGAGUGGAGAAACUAAAGAAAGCAAAUGUGAAAGGAAUGGCUAAGCUAUCAACUUUUUUUUUACAAAAAAAGCUAUAGCAUGAUUGCAAAUCAGGAUCUCGGUACAGCGUCCUUCCAUGAGGCCAUUUGUAUUGAUAUAAUGAUACUACAGACUCCAUCUUCGUUGAAUAACUUAAAUACUACAGAUAAUGGACCGAGCGAUAGAAGGCAAGCGGGGGCCAUCA